AUGAUGGACGUCGGUAGCAUCCAGGACGACAUGAUCCGCGAGCUCAUGGUGUUCAUUGCGAGCGCCGAGUUCCAAGCGGCGUUCGAGGAUUUUUUCCUCUCGCACGCGCUCACGUUUUCCGACGAAGAGGAGCACAGGCUCGAGUACACGGCCAUCUUUCACAAGUUCCAGACGCUCUUCGAAGACCACAUGCAGCGGUUCUACGAGGCGCACAACAUCACCGAGGCAGACUUUGGCAAGCGCUGUCGGGCGGCGGUCAAGGCGGACCCCAAGGCGAGUCAGUACCUCGACAUUGUCCUCGCAUCCAUGGACUACCAAGCCUUCUUCAACUUGAUGAAGUUUAUGCGCAAGCGGGCGGCGACCGAGACGAAGGGCAAGCGCAAAUUUCAAGCCGAUGCCAAGGACGAUGCGAAAAGUGCCGAUACUAAAGCCAGCGCCAAAGACACGUCCGACGCCAAGACACAGGCGGACGACGAGGCCAAGGGCCAGAGCAAAUAG